AUGGCGCGUCCCAUGGGGUCAGUUCGUCUCAAGAAGGCGAAUCCGGUGACUUUGGCUAUCGGCGCAGCGCUUUGUCUUUUCAUCCUAUACUUCCUACUAGGCCCUGCGACCUCCGACUUUUCUGCUUCUCGCAAGGCCACAGCCGCCUCUCACCCGCUUUCGCCGCCAACAUCCCCAUUCCGCAAAUCGACCGGUGGCAAGCUCGCGGCGCCGCCCGUCGCGCAUUACAACCUCAACAAUGUGACCACCACGCCUACCCCGCUCGAAAACAGCGAGAAUGUUCUACUCCUGACCCCGAUGGCGCGUUUCUACCCAGAAUACUGGGACAACAUCAUGCGGCUCGACUAUCCUCACGAAUUGAUCACUCUGGGCUUCAUCCUGCCAAAAACAAGAGAAGGGAACGAUGCGAUGCGGGAAUUGCAGAAGAGGAUUGCCAAAACCCAACAACAAGGGCCCGAGAAAGACCGGUUUAAGAGCAUCAUCAUUUUGCGGGAAGACAUUGACCCGCCGCUCGUCUCGCAGGACGAGAAGGAGCGCCAUAAGAUGAAGAACCAGAAAGUCCGACGCUCCGCCAUGGCCAAGGCACGCAACUCGCUCCUCUUUUCCACUCUCGGCCCCUCGACUUCCUGGGUCCUCUGGCUGGACGCCGAUGUCGUCGAAACACCGCCUACGAUCAUCCAAGAUUUGGCUCAGCACGACCAAGGUGUCCUCGCGCCCAAUUGCUACCAGCGCUUCUGGAACGAAGAAACGAAGGCGAUGGACGAACGGCCCUACGAUUUCAACAAUUGGCAAGACAGCCCCAUUGCGUUAGAGCUGGCCCAAAAGAUGAGCCCAGACGAUAUUUUGGUAGAGGGUUAUUCUGAGAUGGCGACGUAUCGGACCCUGAUGGCCUACAUGGCCCAAGAGGACGGGCGCCUCCAUGAGGAGAUGCCAUUGGAUGGUGUAGGCGGCGCGGCGCUUUUGGUGAAGGCUGAUGUCCAUCGUGACGGGGCCAUGUUCCCUGCCUUUGCCUUUUACAACCUCAUCGAGACAGAAGGGUUUGCGAAGAUGUCGAAACGGCUGGGCUGGCAGCCUUUUGGGCUGCCAAACUACAAAGUGUACCACUAUAACGAGUGA